GCUUAGGCGCUGCCCACAAGACGCUCCAAACAUCAGACUCGCUUGCCCUCAGUAGCCAUGCCCAGCGGCGUAUUCUAUUGUAGGCAGAGUGUGAGAUGUCCCUUGUUGGUCUGAUGCACCUUCCCUGGCUGGCCCUGGCUUUAUAAAUCAUACCGGCGACAUAGAAUCUCACCCCAGCCCAUGGCUGCCUACUGAGCAUUAUUAUUUAGAGCUAUACAUGAAGGAGAUUAUCUGCUCUGCUGUUAUCCCAUCCUCCAUCAUCUGAGCUUUGUUAUCUGUCACCAGCUGCCGCUCACAGGGUCUCAGGGGGGGUCUCAGAGGGUCUCAGGGGCUAAAUCUGAUCCCUUUGUUGGCUGAAAAUGGAGGAUAUCUCUUUGAUGACAUUCUGCAGCUGGAGUAUGGACACAAAUGUGGCGACUGAGCUCUCUCUGCAGGUAAAUCUCUGCACCCAUUAUCACACCACGUCCAGAUUGGGGGGAUUAUUAAUUAUGUUAGAUAAAAUGGAGAGGCUGCACAAUUUCAUAAUGCUUUCAUGGAGUGCAUUAUUUAUUUUAAUUUAUAAAGGAUUUUAUUUUUAGGAAGAAUGCAUAUUAAAUUUAAAAAAUGUGAUAUAUGUUUGCGUAAAAGAUAUAUAUGUGUGAGAAUUUUAGUUUCUAUAGAAAUUGUUCUUUAAUUUAUGAUUACGGGAAAUUAUUUUCAAUGUGAAAACUCAGUGAUUGCACAAUAUCAGAUGUUUGAAAUAUCUGAUGUGGUGGUGGUGAUGGAUAGAUCCUUGCAAAGAUCCAGCACUCAACUUCCUUUCUCAAUAACUUUGCUUCAAGCCCACAAACUCUCACUGGACUUCUAAGUAUAUACUGUAUAACAUAGUCUUUAUUCUCUACAUAAAAACAUAGUGACUUUAACAAAAUAUCAACGUUUCAGUCCCCAGUUCACUAAGAAAAAUCUGCUUAAAGGGACACUCCAGGCACCCAGACCAUUUCUGCCCAUUGGAGUGGUCUGGGUGCCAACUCCCACUACCCUUAACCCUGCAAGUGUAAUUAUUGCAGUUUUCAUAAACUGCAAUAUUUACCUUGCAGGGUUAGGUCCUCCUCUAGUGGCUGUCUACUAGACAGCAACUAGAGGACACUUCCGUGUUCAUAUAACACGAAAAGUGUGUUAUAACGACGCUGGCUGUCCUCACGCUAUGUGAGGACCUCCAGCGUCACCGAAAUCACCAUAGGAAAGCAUUCAAUGCUUUCCUGUAGGGAGGUCUAAUGCGCGUGCUUGCGCAGUAGGUCUCAUCCGACGGAGCCUGACCCAGCACCGAGGGACAUUGGUGCUGGACUCCGGUAAGUCACUGAAGGGGUGACUAGAGGGUCCUGCAGUGCCAGGAAAACAGAUAUGUUUUCCUGGAACUGGAGAGUCCCUUUAAGUAAAACCCACUAAAUACAAAAAUGUCUGACACGCCAAUAGGCAUGUCAAACAAAAAUAAGUCCUUAUAAACUAAAGAAAAAAAUAUAGUUUAAUGAGAUAUAAAGCAAGGAAUAUAAAAUACUUUUAGUAUAUAUUAUAUUUAGUAUAUAUUGAUAGGUUGAAUAUUUUCCCCUCUAGUAUUCUAGCCUAUUUUAUUGGUGUGUCUGUGUCCCUUUUAUUCUUGUAUUUAGUGUGUUACCCCAUAUGUAAAUCCCUGAACACAACAAAUUAUUUUUCCGAUUGGAGAGCACUUUUUAGUAUUCUUAAAGGACCACUAUAGUACCAGGAAAACAAACUAGUUUUCCUGGCACUAUAGUGCCCUGAGGGUGCCCCCACCCUCAGGGUCCCGCUCCCGUGGCGCUGAAGGGGGAGGAAGGGGUUAAUCCUUUAACUUUUUCCCGGCGCUGGGACUCUUCUCCCUCUUCUGAAGUCCCUGGCUGAAUGCGCAUGCGCGGCAAGAGCUGCGCGCACAUUCAACCAGUCUCAUAGGAAAGCAUUCUCAAUACUUUCCUAUGGACGCUGGCGUCUUCUCACUGUGAAAAUCACAGUGAGAAGCGCGGAAGCGCCUCUAGCGGCUGUCAAUGAGACAGCCACUAGAGGCUGGAUUAACCCAUAGGUAAACAUAGUUUCUCUGAAACGGCUAUGUUUACAGCAAAAAGGGUUAAACCUAGCUGGACCUGGCACCCAGACCACUUAAUUAAGCUGAAGUGGUCUGGGUGCCUAUAGUGGUCCUUUAAGUAGAACAUUUGUCUUUUUGAAAAGUCCUUAUGGACUGAAACAUCUAUAUUUUGUUUGUUACUAUGUUUAUAUGUAUAUAAUAAAGACUACAUUAUAUAUACUUACUUACAAGUCCAGUGAAUGCUCUCUUUUUUGCAACAUUGUUUGUGGGCUGGUUCUUUGCAACAAUAUCUAUCAUCACAACUCCAAAUAUUUUAAACAUCUGAUAUUGCACAACCUCAUGUAAUGAGGUUUCAUGUUAAAAAUGAUUUCCAGUAAUCAUAACAGAAGUUAAGGAACAACUUCUAUAGAAACUGUACAAUUCUAAAUAAAUUUCUAUUGCAAAUUAUACUCACCGGUCCAAGAUCAAUAUGUUUUAAUAUUUGAUUUGAAAUAUUUAUGUAUUGGAAUAUGAACCGUAAGAAUGUCAGAUCUGUAUAAUAUUGCAAGAUUGCCAUAUAGUGUUUGACUGAACAGUUCUUUUUAUCAUAGUGUUUUUCAUUAGUGAUUAUGAUGUGGAUUUUAGAACUGUUGUUGGCUGUUUUCCAUUGAUCAUCACCUAUGGCUUAUCUCUUCCUUCAGCUGACAGGAUAUGAUUAAUUAAAUGGUUAUGAAUACAAAGCUGUAUUCCUAACACUGCAGUGUCCCUGUGCCUCCACAGCCCUCCUGGCCACGAAAGAGUUAAAUAAUCUUUUAACCACUACCUGACUCCAGCUUCGUAGUCCUCUGACAUAAGAGCUGGUUCUGACUCAUCUGAAGUCAGCCCGAUGGGUAACCUAAUGUGCAUGCAGUGUGUGCCGCAGGUCUUCCCCUUAGGAAAACAUUGACAGUGUUUUCUUGUGGGGUUUUGAAUGCUGGAUGUCCUCAUACAAAGUCUGAGAAUGUUCAGUGUGGUUUCACAGAGUUAAACUCUGAGAGACAGUGAUUAGAGGCAGUGUUAAAGGGACACACCAGGCACCCAGACCACUUCUGCCCAUUGGAGUGGUCUGGGUGCCAACUCCCACUACCCUUAACCCUGCAAGUGUAAUUGUUGCAGUCUUCAUAGACAGCCACUAGAGGACAUAGAACACGAAAAGUGUGUUAUAACGACGCUGGACAUCCUCACGCUAUGUGAAGACCUCCAGCGUUGCCGAAAUCCCCAUUGGAAAGCAUUGAAAUCACUAUUCAGUGCUUUCCUAUGGGGAGGUCUAAUGGGCAUGCGCGGACACAGGCACAGGUAAGUCACUGAAGGGGUAUUAACCCUUUCAGCAACCUGGGAUGGGGGGGUGGGAUGGAGAGGGGACCUGCAGUGCCAGGAUUGUUUUCCUGGCACUGGAGAGUCCCUUUAAUCUAGGAAGUGUGUGUGAGACAGUAUCACACUGUCUUUUUUGCUUAUGUUUAUUUUUGUUUAUAUAACCAGAGUUAUUUGUACUGAGAAUUAAAAGUGAAUUUAAAAUUUAAGGUCAAAUACCCUUUAACCCUGAACUUUCUUAAACUGCAAUGUGUUCAGCUGCAGCGAUAAGGGGAAUGGAACAGUGCAUUGAGAGACCUUCAUUGAGAUAAAGUGGUCUAUCCCCCAUGCACUGUAACCCCACUACAGACUCUAUCCCUCCCAUUUUAGUCUCUAAGUCCCCACCACAGCUACUAUUCCCCACACUACAGCACCUUCUAUACCUCAACAAAUGCACACUACAGCCCGAAUUUCCACACAUACACUUUGCAGCUCCAAUAUUAUUCCAAAAUAAUACUAAAGCCUAUAUACCCCAAAUGCAACAUACUGCCCAUAUACAACCUACUGCCCUUCUUUCCCUAAACACAAAUUAACUCCUGAUGCUCAACACCACACAUACUACAACCUCUAGCCAUAGCUCUUAUUUACAUGCACACAGGCAAACAGAUUUAACGACACACACAACCCCAAAUCAGCCUCUUGCCCAUACAUGCAACCUUUAAAAGCAGCCUCCCACACAUGUACACAUCCACACAAGCAGCAUCCCACACAUGUACACAACCCCUCAUGCAGCAUCUCCAGAAACCAGCGACACCACAAGUAGCCUAACCUCAAAAAUGCAACACAUCAAGCUUGCAUCCUCACAAAGAUACACUACCACCACCAGCAGCAUCUCCAAACUGUUAAUAAAAACUAGUGACUGGGCACACAAGUCUCAUGAGAGCAGAGACUUGCCAGCCAGAGUGCUCUGAUUGGUUGGCUUACGUGUCUGCUUCUUUCUAUGAGGAGUCUGCUAUGGAGCAUUUUUCUUGAUUUUAAACUGGAUUGUUUAGUAGCUUGCCUUGCUCUUUUCAAAGUCUUACUUUUUUGUGUCACCUCUUUAAUCCUCACAUUUCAGACUCUUUGCACUUGAUGAGGAUUACCUGUGUGUGUGUGUGUGUGUGUGUGUGUAUAUAUAUAUAUAUAUAUAUAUAUAUAUAUAUAUAAUAUAUAUUUUUUAUUUUUUAAUAAUUCUUUAUUUUUCUCAUUUCACAUGUGAUGAAAACAUGUAUGAGUGGAUAACUUGUCAAAGCAUAAUGCAGUAAUAAUUGCCCAGCAUCUUGUAAAUAUAAUGCAAGAGAAGGCAAAGGCUGUUGUGCUUAGUACUUGAGUAUAUAUGUGAGAUGAGGUGGUUUUUUUUGUGUUUUUUUUUUUUUUUGGUAUAGUAGAGUUCCUGUUUGAGUGGGGAUGACCUGUUUUUUUUUUUUUAAAUGCAGAAACGAGGCAGUAGUCUCUUUGCCUCCAAUGUUUUCUUCCCACAGCUGGAACAGUUUUUCUAUUAUUCCUUUAAUCUCCUGGGAACUGCACCCUUCUGCUGUCUCAAGCUUUAACCCCUUAUGGACCAAACUUCUGGAAUAAAAGGGAAUCAUGACAUGUCACACAUGUCAUGUGUCCUUAAGGGGUUAAUAUAUGGCAUGAUUAGAAACCAGUAAAGCCAAAGCCACUGUUUUGCAUUAAUAACUUUAUUCCUGGGAGAAAGAGGGGAAAUCCACUGACUAAAUUAUAGAAUUCUUAAUUAUUUUAAUGUUUAUAGAAAGGAUCCAUUUGAUUAUGGACAAUGAAAUCUUUUACAGAAAUAAAAUGAAAGUAACAUGUCUCCUUACUGCUCUCCCAAGGGAUCCACAGUAUAUAACAUGACUACAUGCCUAAUGCCAUCUCCAACACACUGAGAUCAUUUAACUCAGAAAGUCCCUUGCCUUCUUUAAGCUGUACCUGAAUUUUUUUUUUUCAUGGGAGGCUGCAAACCAUGUCACGUGAUGACAGGUAAAAAAUCUAGAUAUUCAAUUAUUCCUGAUGUGUUGUCUGAGUGCUGUGCCACCCCAAUGGUUAUACUGCCAUGGUUAGCAGUGAAGCUGUAUAGUGGCUGAUGUAGAAUGAAAAAUGGACAUGGUGUUUAUUAGAUGGGUCACUAGAGAUCUUUUCAACUGUAGUUUUGAAUUCAAAAAUUAUAUUGGAAGUUACUGCAAAUUAUCUAAAAAAUAUUUUACUACAGUAAUUUGUUAUAUUGUAUUGACUGGAUUGUUUGCUCUAAAUUUAUUUAUUUUUUAAAUUCUUGUGCAUAAUAUAACAUGACAGCUUGCAAGGCCACAAUAGCUUUAGAGUUAUAAACACAGGCUCAAAAUGUGAGGGACAAGAUGGUACAUUGUUGUCAAUCUUUGUCCCUGUUUUCACUGGUAGAUAAUAAAGGUGUACAAUACUGCAGGCAGAAUAAGAAUAAAUAACCAGUAAUGACAUUGCAGCAUUGUACAUAACGAUAAUAAGCCUUAAAUAGUGGGACUGUGGAUUUUAAUGCAGUUAACUGAACAAGGUUUAGUAGGGUAAGCAGUGUGAAUCUCACGCCCUAAGGAGCGGUAAGAUAGUAAUAGAUAAUGUUGCGUGUUGGCAUGGGGCAACAUAUACCUCUGGGUAUUGCGUAAGGUGGUAAGGAGUACCUUACCUCUGGGUAUUGCGUAAGGAGUUUGGAACCUCUACGAGGGCUAGUGGUGGUGGUGGUUAGAAGUGGAUGGGUCUGAUGGUGAUAUAGUGUUCAUGAGGGGUGGGAAAAAUAGUGUGCCUGGGAGCACUCCGAGGGUUUAAGUUGGAACACAAAAAUGACUGUAAGCUAAGUAAAUAAAGAACUUGUGAAACAUGCAAAGUAUUGGUAUUGUGUAUAAUACGAUCUGCAAAAGUCAUGGUACUGAAGUUGCUGAGACGACAUCUUGUCAGGCUGCUGGUACAAAUGGUGUGACCCUAUCAGGGUCCCAGGUAGUGGAUGUCGUUGUAGGCGCUAUAGCAGACUGCCCUGUGGCACUUGUAGCUAGGCCAAGUUGUUGCAGGAUGUCAGCUCUCUCUGACGCAUCGCAGAGUCUCGUAUCGCUCCUGUAGCCCUGGGUAUGGACAGGCAUCGAGGGGUGCUCCAUUUCUAUGGCACCUUAUGGGUAGUGAGUUCCUGGGUCAGGGGUCUCAUUGACCGUCGCCAGUCCACGGUGGCCUCUAGACAAAUCUGCGAAAAAGGUAAGGCUGUGCUCCUCAAACUAGAGAGGUGGUGUGUUGCGAACUCCUGCCAUGAAGAUUGUUUAGUUUUGGCUCAGCUGGAACCGCAGAACUACAUCUCUGCCUGCCCCUGUCGUGCCAAGUGGUGGCCCUGCAUUUCGGUGACAUCCAUCUAAGACAGUGAUGCCACAGCUGGCACGCCGAGCCCUCUCUGUGGACACGCAGCCAUAGGUCACCGGUAGGGUGCCCAGCGGUGUAUUCACUCCGAGGUUAACAAUGCAUUUGCCUUUGGCGGCACUGCCUUGCUAGCCUCGUGUCCUGAGGGGCUCAAGAGCUUGCCACCUUUGGCCCUCCUUACCCCCUGAGGCCGAAGGCAGCUUCUAUUGCGGGCUUGCGGCGAGGGAGUGCUGUAGCCUGAGCGCUUACUGCUCAGGUCACUCGCAAGCUACUUUGUGAUUCUGGGAGCCGGAAUAUGACGUCAGACCGACUUCUGCCAUCACUAAUCGGUGCGUGAGCAGAGUUCCCGCGUCGCCUACUCUGCCAGUUUGCCCCCUGUCUGCCUAGCAGCACCUGCAGCCCCACUGGACCCCAGGUCAGGAAUCCACUCAAGCUCUCCCACGGAGGUUGGGUGCAGUUAGAUUAAAAUAAAAUAAAAAUAGUAAUUUGUGAGUGGUGGGGGAAGUGUGUGUGUGUGUGUGUGUCUGUGUCUGUCAGUCACUGUGUGUGUGUGUCAGUGUGUAUAAUUGUUGUUAAAUUGCAGUGUUGGCACUUUGAGGAAAGAAAGUUGGUUUGUAUUGCGGUUUGGGCACUCUGGCUCAAAAAUGUUCGCCAUCACUGAUAUAGGAAAAUUGAUUUGGCCUUUUUAGCUGGAAACAAUACAAGAAGCAGUCGGCGUAUAAUGCGAGGGACUUCCGCCGUGUCAAUACUGGCAGGUAGGUAGUGGAUUUUAACAUUUUAAAGCGGCGCUUGUCUUCAAGCACCGUGGCUUGCUUCUGCUUUAGGGCAGCAAUGCAGGUUUCGUGGGCCGCAGGUUUCACCUCCGAUUUGUGGAGAUGCGCUGAGACACCCUUGAUUUCCUCAUGGAACUGCCCAAUAUCUGCCACGAUGUUCCGGCGGAGCACAUCAAGUAGGCUCUGUAGGGUGUACUCUAUUACCGGGGAUUUUCCUGAUGGUGGUGAGUGGGUGGCUUUGCUUGCCUGUCGUGCCUGUAGGGUCACUGGGCCCAGGAGGGACUCCUCACUAGAUGUGCGCGAGGGUUCGUCUGACAUCGGUGCCAUUUUAGGCCUCUGUGAGUUUUGCGGCCACCACAGCAGGUCAACAGUAGGCUUGUACUUCUUUCUCUGAUGCCCAUGUCUGCAGGUAUGGUUGGAGCUCAGAAUGUGCCUGUUAGGAAGGGUUUUUCUCUUUUUUUUUUUUUUCUCAGGUAUGGGUUAUUUCCAUCCGGAGCUCAAAUGUUGAUUAAAACAGGAACUAAAAAACAAGUGCAUAUUGUGGUAGUGUCACUUAUAAAAAUUCUUUAUUAUUGCACUUAUAAAAUCAAAUGGAGAAUACAACUGGCCCAAAUAGCUCACUGGCACUCCCCACCUGAUUCCCAAAGCUGGAUAGACAUUGAAUCGCUCAUUAUGGGACAUGACCUUCCCCAAUUUUUCAUAUGACUAUCCAAGGAACACAGAGCCUUCCUCAAAACAACACACCCAGCUAUACUUAAUUCCAUCAGGAUUUGGGACCAGACCGCUACGAAAUUCUCCCUUAGUAAAUUCUCCUCCCCAAUGACUCCAGUAUUAAGAAACAGUCUUCCCGCUGGGAAUAAGAGCUAAGGAAUUCAGAGGAAUAGCACACACGGGUCUCCAAAGAUGUGUGCAUUUAUACAUUGACAAUGCCAUAGUCGCAUGCGAUAAGCUCAAAGAGCUCUCACCACUUAUCACUAGAGAUUACUUCCGUUAUAUACAAUUACGACAUUUUGCUGCCAAAAAUGAAGUAAAAGCAAUUGCAUCCCAACCUCUUACGUUCUUUGAGAAAAUGUGCUUCCAACAGACACAUCCACAAGGUUUGAUAUCUCUUCUCUACAAUCACCGAAGUGUGGAAUCUGGUGAGUGGGGGGGAUUUCAGAUACACAAACCAGUGGGAAGCUGCUCUGGGAGAGGUAUUAGAGGGCACAUACUGGCAGGAUACAGUGGAGGCUUCUGCACAGUCCCCCAUCUGUGUAACCUUCCAGGAGCAAUCCUUGAAGACCUUUUAGAUGGUACACCACCCCAGUGAAACAAUUUCACUUGAAAAUAAGCUCCUCCGACACAUGCUGGUGCUCCUUUGGCGAAAGAGAUCACUAUCUACACAUGUGGUGGUCAUGCCCCUCAAUCCAAGGAUAUUGGACCAGGGUACUAAAACUCAGCUCUAAAAUAAUGCAAAGGUUUUAAACUAGACCUCUGGGCCUGACUCCUAUCUAAACCAACGGAGGACCUCAACAGACCUGAAAAGAAAUUACUCAAUAUGAUUUACCUAGCAGCUCAUAGAGCCUUAGCUCAGAAAUGGUGGAGUCCUGAGAUACCCACUCUCUCGCUAGUCAUUACCAUGCUUAUGGAUAAUUUAAUCUUGCUUUUCCGUAACUCCAUGAAAACCUUCCAGAAGUUGUGGGACCUGCUCCUGGGGGUCCAUCAACCGCAGGAUAUAUCCAUGCUUCUCUAAAUAAAGAGCUUUGACUUUCCACUGUUCAUAUGAACCACACCAUACACAUUGUUAUACGAUAAUACCUUGGUAACGAACCUGUUGAUGUGCUUAUAUGAAAUUGAAACAGAAGUCACUUAUUGUUCCACUCGUAUUUGUAUACUGUAUAUCACUUUUGACAAGCCAAUUUGGCAAUGAAAGUGUCUUGGUAAAUGUCUUUUCAAAAAUAAAUAAUUAAAAAAAAAAAAAAAAUCAAAUGGAGCAUAUAGCUUUCUUCAGCAGCCAGUGGACCUCCAGAUCUCACUCCAGGAGAAGGGGAAAGAAGCUGGGUACCAGAGAAAGGAUCACUCCAAAUCAAAUAAAACAGAAAAGUUAAUAUAAAUAAAUUAAAAUGUCCUAGAGCUCAAUGCGUUUUUGUCUGAUCGUUCAGAUCUCUACGGAGGAGAGAUACAGUACUUCCCGUUCGGAGAAAAAUGGCUUGUUAGUGUUUGAUGUCUGCAGUCUUUUAAAUACCCCACUCUUGCUAAAAUUGAUCCAAGCUUGUAGGUUCACCCUCGCCAGCGUGCAUUCCAAGCCUCGCUGUGUGAGGGACUUCUGCAUCCGUUGUGCGUUCCACCUUUGUGGAACUUGCGUUCCAGCUAUAUCUGCAAAUAAAAAAUAUAAUGCAGUGAGAUCAGGGCUCUGGAUAACACCGUCCACACCAAGGAACCACAGGGGUUUAAAAAAAAAAACGUAAAAUACAAUAAAUAAUACAGAUAUAAAAAAAUAAUAAUGCAUGCCAGAAUGAUUGAUACAAAUGCUAACACAAGUCAGAAAUAAUGUUUACCAGAAAAGUUAUUAAUACAAAUAUGAUCACAGGAGUUAGAAAAAAAAUAAAACCCCAAAAUCAUUUAAAUAACAAUAAAUAAACAUGAAAAAAAUGAAUAAAAAUGAAGAUGAGAAAACAAAAUAUAUAAUGUACAUAUAUGCAGCAUAAAAUGAUAAACCUAUUAUAUUGAAAUCAACAUUCAAACCCCUAAGUUGCAUUGUCUGGAGUCUGCAUAUCCAGAACCCCUCUUUCCUUCUUAAUUCCAGCGAAAGAUUUCCUCUUUGAUUUCCGUUUAUUCACUUAAUCUGAGUUUGUGAGACAGUAUCACACUAUGUGUUGUUGUUGUUUAUUUUUUUUAUUUUUUUUCUUGCUUAUGUUUAUUUUUGUUUAUAUAACCAGUUAUUCUUGGAAGUGAGAAUUAAAAGUGAAUUUAAAAUUUAAGGUCAAAAUACCUACAUUACAAAAGUUAUGCUUCCCGUUCAACUAUUUUGAUUGACAAUUAGAAUUCUCACUUUAGUGAAUAACUUUUUAUUGUGGAGAGCCUGUGGUACAUUUGUGCCCCCUGAUGGCUGCAUGUGGCACCUGAAAUCUUUUGGCAGCAUGCAAAAGCAGUGAUGCACUCAUAGUGCAGCGUUAGUGGCUUAAGAAACACUCUGUGCACGGUGAUCCCAGCAUGUACUAAGCUAUUUCUAGAUAUCUUAAGUGUGAGACAUUCAAAAUUGGUCUUGCAGAGUCUGGGUUCAGCAUUGAAAUGCUGUGACAAAUUGGCAUAGCACUCUGAUGCCUCGAACUAUGUUGCAUGACAGGAGGCAUUCUUUGCACAUGCCGUGCUCAGCAUGUUUACUGUUUUGUACUGGCUGUUUUUAUUAUCAAGACUUGAAAGCAGUAAUGUGAGAUUGGCUCCUAGCCUCUGUGAUAGCUAAUGGAGCCAAUCACAGUAAUGGCUUUGUCUCACCUGACAUUUAUGAGUACAGAUUGGCUCUACUAUUUUUCUCAUUUAUCUAAAUAAUUGAUGUAAAUAACAGUCAGCAUAAUUCUCGUGUUAUCAACUAUUAAGAGUACAAUUCAAAUUUUAUUGCACAAACCUCCUAAUAACAGUAUUUUUUUCAAACAUAAACUCACAAUGCACUGUUCCAAAUUAUUACGCACAGUACGUUUCAAAACACUUUAUAGGUUGUAAAGAACUGAAAAUUUUAAUUUGUUGUGUUUGCAGCAUAUUUACUGAAAUUAUUGAAAAGAUAUUUCAAUCAAACUUAUAACAACAUUUUAACAAGUCACGUUACAUUUUAACAUAGGACCCCUUAUUUGCUAGCAGCUUCACAAGUCUUGCAUCCAUUGAACUUGUCAGUUUUUGGACAGUUUCUGCUUGAAUUUGUUUGGAAGAUGUCAGAAUAGCCUCCCAGAGCUGCUGUUUGAAUGUAAACUGCCUCCCACCCUCAUAGAUCUUUUGCUUGAGGAUGCUCCAAAGGUUCUCAAUAGGAUUGAGGUCAGGGGAGGAUGGAGGCCACACCAUGACUUUCUCUCCUUUUAUCCUCAUAGCAGCCAUUGAUGCAGAGGUAUUCUUUGGAGCAUGAGAUGGUGCAUUGUAAUGCAUGAAGAUUUUAUUACGCAAAGCAUAGUUCUUCCUUUUGUACCAGGGAAGAAAGUGGUCAGUCAGAAACACCACAUACUUUACAGAGGUCAUCUUUACACCUUCGGGGACACGAAAGGGGCCGACCAGCUGUCUUCCCAUGAUUCCGGCCCAAAACAUGACUCCACCACUGCCUUGCUGACAUCGCAGCCUUGUUGGAACAUGGUGGCCGUCCACCAACCAUCCAUCUGGACCAUCCAGGGUUGCACGACACUCAUCAGUGAACAGGACUGUUUGAAAAUUAGUCUUCAUGUAUUUUUCUGCCCAAUGCAGCUGUUUCUGCUUGUGAGCCUUGGUUAGUGGUGGCCGAAUAGAAGAUUUAUGCACAGUUGCAAGACUCUGGAGGACUCGACACCUUGAUGUCUGUGGGACUCCAGCAGCUUUAAAUAUCUGUUUGCUGCUAUGUUAUGGUAUUUUAGCAGCUGCUCUCUUGAUCCGAUGCAUGGAUCUGGCAGAAAUCUUCCUCAAUGUGCCUUUAUCUGCACGAAUCCGUCUGUGCUCUGAAUCAGCCACAAAUCUCUUACUAGUGCGAUGAUCACGCUUAAGUUUUCGUGAAAUAUCUAAUGUUUUCAUACCUCGUCCAAGGCAUUAAACUAUUUCACUCUUUUCGGCAGCAGAGAGAUCCUUUUUCUUCCCCAUAUUGCAUGAAAAUGGUGCUCUGCUUAAUAAUGUGGAAUACCCUCCUUUAGUAGUUUUUCCUUAAAUUGGGCGCAUCUGACAAUCUAAUUAUCACAGGUGUCCGAGAUUGUUUUCAGUAAUCAAAAGGGCCCUGAGACACAAUGCCAUCCAUGAGUUAAACUGAAAAACAAAAUAUUUAAUCUUUGUGAAUUUGCAUAAUAAUUUGGAGCAGGGCGUAGUAGACACCACUCAGCCAGAAGAAACACGAGUUAGGAUUAAAAUCAAUAUUCGGAUUAAAGCCACCAUUACUACUUUAGUGAUUUGAAGUUCCACCCCUUCCUGUUUAAGACCAACACACACUUUGACACACAUGCCCUCAAUGAUACAUGCACUGACAGAUACAGUCAUUUGCACACACUGUUUAACCAACACACACGUUCACUGACAGACACACACUCUCAGGUACACUAACACACACACACACACACAUACUCACUGACCGAAAGUGAGACACACACACAUAUAUUCACAAACACACAUUAAUUGACAGAAAGACAGGCACACACCACAUUCACAGAUACACUUACAAAUUAUCUUUGGGAGAACUGGAGUGAAUUCUUUCCCUGGGGUCCAGUGCGGCUGCUGGUUGGCGGUCAAUGGAGGCGGCGAGGGAGACAUAAUCUUCUUGUUCUGCUUCAUCGUUAGACUCUUUAGUGAUACCGGGGCUGCAGUGAUGUCAUAUUCUGGCUCCCGGCCAGGGCGCGCGUUGGAGCAAAGCAAGAAGAGCACUGGAAUACAAAUGGCUGCCUGCCGGCUAGCUCUCAGCCCCUCAUUACACAAGGUCAGCAAGGCAUCUGCCAGGCAUUUGGGAACUGUGGUUUUUUUUUGGGGGGGGGUUUUUUUUUUGCUGCCCCUCUGGAAAGUGACACCCAGGGCAAAUGCAUUGUUAGCCUCAAGGUACAGGGAAUCAGGCCUGUAUUUUCCACUUUGUCAUUUCCAAAUGCAGUGUUUUUUGCUCUCAUUUCCCAAUGGAGAGGAGAAAGAGAAACUUUUUUUUUUUUUUUUUCUCAAUGCUGACUGUCAUGUACAAAGGACAGAGUUUACGAUUGAUUGUCAUGGAGUCUAGUUGCAGGAAGUUGUGUGGUCAUCCAUCAUUAAAGGGACACUAUAGUCACCUGAACAACUUUAGUUUAAUGAGGUUGUUCAGGUGAGAACUAUAGCUCCCUGCAGCCUUUCUCAUGUAAACACUGUAUCUUCUGAGAAAAUACAGUGUUUACAUUGAAAGCUAGGAACACCUCCAGUUGCAGUCAUUCAGAGUGAACCAGAGGGACUUCGUAGUUGAUGGAGGCAUAAUAUGCCUCCAUCCACUCAGAUUUGCUGUCAGCAGAGCACACGGCAGCACUGUGCAUAGCAUCCUGUGAUUCAGUGUCUCCUCCCUCUGCAUGCAGACACUGAACUUUCCUCAUAGAGAUUCAUUGAUUCAAUUCAUCUCUAUGAGGAGAUGCUGAUUGGCCAGGGCUGUGUUUAAAUCAUGCUGGCUCUGCCCCUGAUCUGCCUCUUUGUUAGUCUCAGCCAAUCCUAUGGGGAAGCACUGUGAUUGGAUCAGGCUACCACAUGUCAGCAGACUGCUUGUUUUUUCUGAGUCUAACAGCAUGCAGAUUUACAGCUUCUGGCUUGAAUACAGUAAGAUUUUUACUAUACUUAUGGAGGCAUGAGGGGCCCAGGGGGGCUAGAUGGUGGUGUUAACACUAUAGGGUCAGGAAUACGUGUUUGUGUUCCUGACCCUAUAGUGAUCCUUUAAUAUUAUUUUUCACACCUCUCAAAUACAUAUUUGUUAAAUAUAAGUAGACCUAAUAUUAAAAAUCCUUGGAAAUGACUUUACCUAUUUAAUGUGGCCUAUGACCUACUAUCCCAGAAUAUAGAGGUACAUCCAAGUUUGGGCAUAACUCAUUGACACAUGUUUGUUGUUGUCUAUGACCAUUUAAAAAAAAAAAAUAAAAAAAAAAAUAUAUAUAUAUAUAUAUAUAUAUAUAUAUAUAUACAGUAUAUACUCGAGUAUAAGUCUAGUUUUUCAGCACAUUUUUUGUGCUUAAAAACCCCCACUCGACUUAUACUCGAGUCACGGUCUGUAUUAUGGCAACUUAGAGAGCCGCGGCCGUCAGAGCAAUGGCAAUGAUCCGCGUGGCAACCAGACCGCGAGACUUACAGUGGAGCUGACCGGAACGGAGGAGAAGGGAGCUGACAGGAGCUGCAGGAAAGGUAAGUAAAUGCUUCCUGCCGCCCCCCCACUUCACAGCCCAUGCCACUGGACCACCAGGGAUUAAGAUAGCCCCCCUCCCUGACCAGUUAACAAGCAGGGAGGGGGGACAAAAAAAAUUAAAAUAAUAAAAAAAAUAAUAUUAAAAUUAAAAUAAUAAAAAUUCCCUUCCCCCACCUAGUUCACACACACUACACAAACACACACUCUGCAUUAUAUACACACUCUGCAUUAUAUACACACUCUGCAUUAUAUACACACUCUGCAUUAUAUACACACUCUGCAUUAUAUACACACUCUGCAUUAUAUACACAGUGUGUGUGUAUAUAAUGCAGUGUGUGUUUGUAUGAGUGUGUGUGUGUGUGUAUAUAAUGCAGAGUGUGUGUUUGUAUGAGUGUGUGUGUGUAUAUAAUGCAGAUUGUUUGUAUGAGUGUGUGUAUAUAUAAUGCAGAGUGUUUGUUUGUAUGAGUGUGUGUGUAUAUAAUUAUAAAAAUCACAGAAUUUCAUAGCCCCAAGAUUUACCCUCGACUUAUCCACGAGGCAUAGCAUAUUUCACAAUUGUUGGUCACAAAACUGCACUCGACUUAUACAUGAGAUCGACUUAUACACGAGUAUAUAUAUAUAUAUAUAUAUAUAUAUAUAUAUAUAUAUAUAUAUAUAUAUAUGAUUUAAAAAAAAUAAAUAAAAAGUGUGGGCAUAACUGUCUUGCAUCACGGAUUUGCUGGCCCUUAUUUGGUGAAGUUGAGGAUGGUGGGGAGCAGUGUUUGUAUAGGUUGCGUGCUCCUGCCAGCAUCAUGGGGAAAAUUCUGAAAUUCGCCAGUUACAUGCCAGAAUUUAAUUUGAUGAAGCAGGCUGAUGCACAUAGCACAGGGAAAUGGCCGCCAUCUAUAGCUGGGGGAACAUCUACCGUCUUUCCCUGAAAAUAAGACCAGGUCUUAUAUUAAAUUGCACUAGGGCUUAUUUUCGUCUUAUUUCAGGGAAAUACACUAGCAAGCAUGUGCUAGAAAGCAGGUCUACAUUCGGGGGCACUAGGGCAUGGAAUCCUGUGAAAUUUCCCUGACCAUAGAUUAUUUUACUUGCGAAUGGAAUCCCGUGAAUCUGUGUUUGGGGAACAUUCCCCGAACAUAGAUUAGCGAACUAGCGACAAGUGACUAGGGCUUAUUUUAGGGGUAGGGCAUAUAUAACGAGUAUCCACUGAAAAUAAGCUAGGGCUUAUUUUCACAGGAUGUCUUAUUUGCAGGGAAACAUGGUGUUAAGUAUGUGUAGCUGUGUAUGGAAGUGUAAAAUUGUUUGUGUGUAUUGGUUUUCUUUUAAGUGCGAGUGUGUAGCUGUGUUUGUGAUAAGGAUUUGUGUAUGUGCAUGCAUCUUUCCGUUCAAAAUCUGCAGAAUGAGUGUAAAUAUCGUUAACUUGGGGCGGAGCCUGGCAGCCGCAUGGAACGGUCGCACACACUGAGAGCUCCGUGCUAUCUGGCUCCUAAAUAAGAGAUAAAAGUGACUCCGCGACCCAAAACUUAGAUCCCUCGACACCACAAUAUUGGGAGACAUCCCUAGCUCUCAAACCAGUGGUGUGUCCAGCCAUGACCGGUGGGUAACCGCGGAGGAGAGUCAGCGGCCUGUAAGAGGCUUAAUUGCAGCGCACGUGAGGGAGGCGGCUGAUCCCUCCGCCUGCUAUUGAGCACUUACCCGGGAAGACCAUCCUGCACACUCUCUCCCCCCCAGCCAGUGGGGGUUAUCCUGGCAACUUUCAACGGUGUCUCACUAGCGAAGCUCCUGCUACUAUACACUUGGGACUACCCACCCGCCAAGACCAAGAUGGCGGAUGCCUCGUGCAACUCACUGCCUCAUUCUAAGCGACUAAAUAUCGUUAACUCAAACAGACAUCUUCACAUAACCUAUAAAAGAUUUUCUUAAUCAAAGCAGCUCUAUCACUAAAAAAACAAAACUUACUAUAGGGCCAGGAACACAAUCGUAUAUUCCUGAACUUAUAGUGUUACAAACACUAUUUAGCCUCCCGUACAUAUAGUAAUAACACCUUAUUUCCAGCAUCUUCAGUCCCCCCCUUACAUAAUCAGAAUUGAUUGUCGAUUCCGAGGAUCUCAGCAAAGUAGGCAGGCUGGGGCCGGAACAAAAUGCCACCCUGGCCAAUCACCAUUGUUCAUACAAAUGCAUUGAGUCAAUACAUGUCCAUGGGGAAAGUUUAGCGUCUCUGCUCAACGUCAGUACACCACUGCCCCAUGAAGCUCCUGCUAAUGGCCUUCUGAGUGGCGGCCACUAGAGGUGUUCCUAGGCACUAAUAUAAACCCUCGAGGUAAAUAUAAGGUGAACAGCGCUAAUGUCAAAAAUUACAUGAGGUUGGGGGAACACCUUGUUGGUGAAUUGCAGCUUGUAUCCGAGAGCGAGCACUUAUUUCUGUUUUGUUGUUCUAAUGUAAACCCUGCCUUUUCAGCAAAAAGACUGCACUGCAGGGACUGAAUACACAUUAAGCUGUAGUUGUUCUGCUGACUAUAGCUUCUUGAAAACAUUUGUACAAAGAAAUGGCAUAGGAAAUUUCUUGGGAAAACUUCAUAAAAGAAUGAAAUGAAACAAUGCUUUCCAGAUUCAUACUGUAUUCAUAUUUUGUCUUUAGGAUCCACCCCCUCUUAAACGACCCAGAGGAAGACCAAAAGGAAGCAAAAACAAAAAAGCUUCAGGAAAGGUAAGAUUUGUAAAAAAAAAAAAACCAAACAAACAAACAAAAAAACAAACAGCCCGCAAAUCUCAUUGGCUGCCAUUAAACUAAAUGAGUUGAAUUCCCAGUCAAAAGCAAUGGACCAGGCCUUUAAAGUGUAACGUCUCAGGCUCUCUAACUAAGGGUUUUGUAUGAAAGCGCAUCAGUGGCUAGAUCUUAGCUUGCCCUAUUUAUCUUUUGUAUUUGUUUGUGUUUAUUGUAGUCUUUUUCCCCAGUUGUAAAGUACUGCAAAAUAUGUUGCCACUUUAUAAAUGCUAGUAAUGCUAAGAAUAACAAAAGUUACUCGCCCUACAGAUAUGCAUAAGCAGCAUUUUAUUUAUUAUUCACAAUGUGUCUGCAGAAGCAGUGUGUCAGUAUAUUAAUACAUGCAGGGUUCUGCUUGAUUAAGCAUUCCCACCCCUUUCUCUACCAUUUCAGCACUUUUUUCUAGUACUCUCUAUACCAGCGGUUCCCACUUUGCUGACAGCCGGCAGGAGGGUGAGAGGACCCGGGGGGACUCUAACAUGCAGCUCCGCUGGGUUCUCCUCUUGCGAGCUCAGAUCGUUGCCGUGGUUACCACGGGAACGCUCCGAAUCUCGCAAGAGUGAACUCUAGCAGCUCCUGAGGCUGUAGAGUUCACUCUCUCCACUGGGACCACCAGGGCUCCCCACCGGACCACCAGGGAUUGCAGGAAAUGUCCCCCCUCCCAGGCUAAGGUAAGCAGGGCGGGGGGAUAAAAAUUUUAUUUUUAAUACAAAAAAAAAAAAAAAAGUAUAUAUUUUAUUUGCCCUACUACCCCCACAGACCCUACACCAAACAAUAACUCCCCCCCCAUGCACACAAUUGCUCCCCCAUACACACACACACACACACAAACUGCUCCCCACAUACUGUACAACCCCACACAUAAAAUGUGUACACAAACACACAAACUGCCCCACAAAGACACACUACACACACACACACACACACACACACACAAACUACAUCCUUCACAAAAACACUGCACCCCUGUACACACACACACACACACAUAUUGCACCCCUCAAACACACAAACACAAUGCACCCCCUAUCCGGGCAGAACCCAGGCAAGUUGUCAAACUGUUCUUAAACAGUUUUACCACUUACCCUGGGAGGGCACUACUGCACCAUAACAACUACAACGCAAUGUAGUGGUUAUUGUGCCUAGAUUAUUUCUUUAAAUAAUUUACCAGUGCAACUCCCAGGAUUGGGGGCCCAGAACAUGCCGCAGCGCUGUACAUAUAUAUAUAACCUAGAAAAAAAUUUUGACUUGGGGUGCCUUGGAAAAAUAUUGAAAUAUUAAGGGCGCCUUGAACCUAAAAAGUUUGGGAAACACUGCUCUAUACCUAUCACCCAUGUUUUUGGAUUUGCAUAAAAAAAAUGUCUAGAAUGUGAGAUCAAGUAUCAUUAUUGCGCAAGCCACACUGCUCAGAAGUAGGUAAACCACAGCUCAGUGAGACUGUACCAUGCCCUGAUGAUAGGGACUCUGGUUCUGUGCUCCUUUAACCCAGGAACCAGAUGUCCACAUGACAGUGAAAACCCUGUUUCUGCCAUGCUCUAUUUAAGACAGAAUCUUAUAUGCAGACCCUGAUCCUCUUAGUUGCUUAAAUGUGUUCCCAAUAGAAAGAAAUGUAAGUCUAUAUGUCUCUUACCUUUAAAGGGCCACUAUAGUUACCAGAACCACUACAGCUUAGUGUAUUGGUUCUGGGGCAUAUAACCUGUCCCUACAGGCUCAGCAGUGUAAAUGCUGCCUUUUCUGAUAGGCAGCAGUGUAAACACUGAUGUCUAAGUCCUCCUAUUGUGGCUGUCAUUCAGCCACUAGAGCGACAUCCUGGUUCGGUCCUGCAAUCUCUGCAAGACCGAACCAGGAUGUCGCUCUAGUGGCUUUAAAGGUGUGUCUGCAUGCCCUGUUUGGAAACACUGAAAUCUCACCAUAGGGAUGCAUUGACCCCAUUCCUCUGCUGAGUGGUGCAGUGCUGUGAUUUGCCUCUCAUGAGCUUUAGCCUCCAAAUAGGCAAGCAUUGAAUUGACAGAGAUCAUCAUGAUUGAUUUUAGGAGGGGUUCUCAGUCUCCCCCUACUGUCCAUGAGUGAACAUGCACAAGGAGGUUGAUAACAACAUGAGCAGCCAUUACUUUUACACUAUACAACCAAUAUCCAUGUGUGAUCUCUGUAAGGGGGGGAGCUAUGGCAUGACCACUCUAUAACAAUGCAGCCCCCUUCCUUUUUUUACUUACAGACCCCAUCACACAGCUCAUUUUGAUAACCCCUAUUGCUGUUGGGAAGUGUGGAGGGGGUGUAAAGGAGCACCCAAAGACACAUUAUUACAUUAUAUUAAUACCAAUCCCAUUGCCCAUGGUAGGGGGUAUUGAAAGUAGAUAUGCCCCACGCACAGCAAAUAACACUGUUGUAGGUGAAAUUGCAUUAGAUUGCUACAUUACAUGUGUAAUACACAGUUUAGUCACUAGAUGUCGCAAACGGAUUACAUUUGAUCUUUGAAAAAGGUACACACAAUUAUUAUUAUUACUUAUAUAGCGCCAGCAAAUUCCGUAGCGCUUACAAUGCAACUAUAAAUAGAAUAUAUAUUAUAUAUAUCUUAGCUAAAUACAAUUUUUUUUUUUUUUUGUAUAAAGUAUAAUUUGGUUAUGAUGGCAUUGGGACCAGGCAGUGUCCUCUUCAUGCUUAAGUGGCCAGGAUGUCUGUCUGGUGCUUUUGAUGAGUUUAGCAUGGUGCUUACCUACCUGCCACCAUCCCUUUUGGAAUUUGGGAGGUAAGAGGGAAAUUAAGGCAAGCACCAUGAUUUUUGGUGGUGCCUGAUGCUCACAAUAGACACUUAACUGCUGGGGGGCACGCACCAGUGAUGGGUAGCAGGAGUGACCAGAUUGGAUCAUAAUAAGUAAGAACCUGACUUCACUGUAUAGAAGGGCAGGCCCAGGCAUAAUGAAUCACCUCAAUUCAGUAUACCCAUCAAGCCCAGAGGCUUACUAUUCAAUGGAAGAAUUCCUACCUAGAUAAUGGUACCAGAGUAACUCUGUCAACUAGUUGGCCUGGUGUAGAGUAACUGUAUGCUGGCAUUGUACAUUUUAGGAGUGAAACAUUUUGACAAGUCGUAGUCAGACAGCCAAACAGAGCAAACUAAGCAUUAUCAGAAAAUUGAUGAUUUUUUUGAAAAUGUUGCUAAACGUAUGCAUCCGCUUAGUUUGCUAUCUUCACAGCUUCCUCAGCAGUCACCAGAGACCCAUCAUUACAAGAGUAGGGGAAGAGUUGGGAUAACUACGGUUAUCCUUAAAGAGAAGAGCCAAUAAAACACUUAAAAAAAAUAAAAAAAAUAAUAAUUUUAAGUCCGACAAGGCUUCCACCAGGUUCGGAUAAAAUGUCUUUUGUAGUUGAUACCUCUGCUAACAGACUCACAGUAUCUACAUCACAUACUAAUCCUGCUGUACCACACUGGCCAAAAAAUGCACAGUCUGUGUGAUUUUAAAUUAAUUUAGAUUGUAAAGAGAGUGUAUGUACAUCAAUUAAACUUAAUGUUUUCUAUUUCAGGAUCCAAUAAGGUUUGAUGAUGUGGCUGUUUAUUUCAGUGAAGAUGAGUGGGAUACCUUGGAAGAGGCACAAAAGGGUCUUUACAGAGAUGUCAUGAUGGAAAAUUAUCAAACUCUUAACUCAGUGGGUAAGGAGCACUUUAACUGAAAUAUGAAUAUUAAUAUAGAGAUUACUGGACAACCAUGUAUCUUCCAGACAUUACAAAGUUGUUUUUUUGGACCUUGUAAGUCUAUUUUAUGUCUCUAUGGACCUUUUGUGUAAAUUGUAUUUAAUCUGCUCCAGACAUGAUUUCAUUCAGAACUCUGAUGACCUCAGAUUAAAAAAAACUGUUACAUUACAUUGCUUUGUUCUGCCUUAAAAGGGAGACGUCAUUUCUCAUAAUUUUUAAUAAGCAUUUGUUAUUAAAAUUAAAUGUAGAAAUCCGCACCUGGAAGCCAACACAGUGAAUGACAAAAGGAGAAAUUAAACAUUUAUAUUUCUCCUCUUUAUUGGCAAUCUUUGAUUUUAGCUUUGCCUUGUCUGAACUGGAUGAUUAUUAUUAUUAUUAUUAUUAUUAUUAUUAUUAUUGUUAAAACUUUAAAUACGCAGUUCAGGCACCAUAACCACUACAGCCAUGUGAAGUGGUUAUGGUGCCAGAAGUGUUCUGGGUUCCUCCAAGAUAAAAACAAACAAAGAAAAAAACUGGAGCAUCUCAUGAAAAGAAGGUUAACACAAGUGUUUUUUUUUUUAAGGUUUUAUUUAGUAGUGUCAAAUUCAGAAAUAUGACAUUUCCCUUUUAAAGUCUUUAACAAAAGGGGGAUUACAUAAUAGUUUUUUUUGUUAGCUUGGUGUGUAAAAUCUGCACUUAGUCACUCACUUUUCAGGAAUUAUCACAAUGCUCAUUAUUGUAUCUAUAAAUCUCCAGAUAAUUAAAAAUUUUCAGUGUGUGCGAUGUUUCCUUAAGACCUGGCUAGUAAUGUAAUACUUGAACUUUUGAGCCCUAAUUAUGACACACACAUGCGUAGAGUUCAUGAAUAUUAAAACACUUCUUUGUUUGACAGGCUGUGCAUGUGUAAAGCCAAAAAUUAUAUUGAAGAUUGAGCAAGGCAAGGACUCUUAUAUGAGCCAAUCAAAUUCUUCACCAAGUAAGUUUAUUCAUGUCUUAUGUGUACCUUUUGUAUUUUGGUAUUGCUAAAACAUUUAGAGGCCUAAUGAUGUGCACUCAUCUGCAAACUCCAUUUUAAACGCAAGUAUCCGAAAAUGAGCUAACAUUUUAAAAUAGCUGUCAGCGCUGAGGUACAGAUUUUAUUGAUAAUUACAUUAAAGGGAAAAUAUAGUGCCAAGAAAGCAAACUUGUUUUCCUGGCACUGUAGCUUACCCAUCUGUCAAGGCCCCCCUCCCCUGUGGUUCGGAAGGGGAUUCCCAUGGGUGGGGAUUCCGGUGACGCUGGAAGUCCUUAUACAUAGCGUGAGGAUGUCUAGCGUCAUUUAGGUGACCAAAAGUUGCCUUUGAGCCCGGAAGUCCCUCCAGUGGCUGUCUGGUAGAUGGCCACUAGAGGAGGAGUUAACCCUAGCAGGUAAUUAUUGCAGUUUAUAAAAACUGCAAUAAUUACAUGCUCAGGGUAAAGGGUGAUGGGACAUUACACCCAGACCACUUUAAUGAGCUGAAGUAACCUGGGUGCUGAUAGUGUCCCUUUAAUAUCACAUUGGUAAAUGUAAGUGAAUUAAAGAGCAUUAUCCCUUGCUCAGGCAGAAUAUUGGCCUCCCCCUGCUGUCCAUGAGUGGACAUGCAUAAGGGGGUGAACAACAACAUGAGCAGCCAAUACUUUUAUACUUGCCAAACAAUGUCCAUGUGUGAUCUCUAUAAGGGGGUAACAAUGGCAUGGCCCCAUCUGUUUUACUUACAGAUCCCACCCCACGGCUCAUUUUCUUAACCCCUAUAUAGAUAUUGGGCAGUGGUGACAGGGUGUAAGGGAGCACCCCAAGACUCAUGUAAGGUCCCUUCUUAUUCCCGUUAUAUUAAUACCCCACCCCACUGCCCAGGGGUGGGGUAUUAAUGAAUGAAAGUAGAUUUGCUGCACAAACAGCAAAUAACCCUGUUGGAGGUGAAAUUGCCUUAGAUUGCUACAUUACAUGUGCAAUACACUGGGUAGAUAUAUGCAAAUUAGCUCAACAAAGAACCACCUUUUUGCCUCAUAAUUCCACUUUAUACAUGGAUUCCUUGGAGUAUGUGGAUGUAGUUAAUUCAGUACUCCAAGGAAUUCAUGUAUAAAGUGGAAUUAGGGAGCACAAAUGUGGUUCUUUGUUUAGCUCAUUUGCAUACGCCUACCCAGAAUCCCUUGCAGUAGUGAGAGCACAGUUAAAGUCAGAUCUCUCCUCCUCUCCCCCUCUUCCCCCUCUCAUAGACAACAAAACCACUUCAGCUUACUCAAGUGCGUAUGGUGCAAAGAUCCUUUCUCGUGAUUCCACUUUCCAUACCUGUCAUUCUCAUAACCACAAUGUAAUUACCAUUCUGAGGUAUAUCAUUUCUGUCCAAAAUUUACAUUUGAUAUCAACAUGCACAUUGUGCAAGUGCUGAAUGCAGUCUUUUGUAAUUAAAGGCAUUUAGUGGGGAAUGCCACUACAACAACCAAGGUUUAUGUGCAAGCAGAGAUCAAUUCAUUAGAACUUUGUUAAUGAGAUUUGAUGUAAUUUGUUCAAUUAUAUUAAAUAAACAUUAAAUUUAGACUUUCUGGGGCUGGCAAUGUUACUUGGAAUCCAUAAUGUCAAAUUAGCUUCCCCUUGUAAAUGAACAAGUAUUGUGAAUGUUAAAUGCAUUAUAAAUUCUAAUUCGUGGGCAUUCACACCUAAUGCAACUAGUUACUAUGAAUAGAAUUCUGAGGAAGAAAUUUCUUUCCAUUUAAUCACUAUUAUUUUUGUUUUAGUAUAUCCUCAAUUUACUACUUAAAGGGAUACUAUAGGCCCCAAAACAAUGUUUAGCUUAAUGAUACAGUUUUGGUAUAUAGAUCAUGCCCCUGCAGUCUCCCUGCUCAAUUCUCUGCCAUUUAGGAGUUAAAUUGCUUUGUUUUUACAGCCAGAUCACACCGCCCCUGGCUGUGUUUAUCUAGCACAAUCUUCCAAAACACUUACUGUAAAGAGAUCUAAUAAGAGAUCUAAAGUUUCUUUAUUGCACAUGCUGUUUAAUUUAGAAUAUCUUAAUGCUCUUUUACUUGCCCUCUAGAUCCUGCAGACGCCUCCUGUGUGUGAUUAAAAUUCAAUUUACAGAGCAGGAAAUAAAAGCUUCUGAAGCAAGUGAUCUGAUUGAAAAUGAAACCAUUUUUUUUUUAAUGCAGGCUGUGUGAGUCACAUUAAGAGCUGUAUUGCUAGGGCUGCAUAAACAGAAAUAAGUGAUUUAACUCCUAAGUGGCAUAUGAUUAAGCAGUAAAACUGCAGUGAUCCAUGCAAUAAAACUGCUUCAUCAAGCUAAAGUUGUUUUAGUGCCUAUAGUAUCUAUUCACUUAUGCCUGUAUAGAAAUAACAAAUUGGUUUGUUUUCAGGAAUCAGCUUGUGUAUUGUAACAAUACAGUACAUGUUUGGUUUUGAAUCCGAUGAUGUUUACAAUGCUUGUAUUAAAGUGACUUUGACUUUUUAUUCAUCAGAUUCAUAUUUUCUUUACUUUACAGCAGAAUAUGUUUCUAUGCUGAGGAGCAUGAGAAAAGAAUCCUCUGCAGUCCCUGUCUCCCCAUCUUUAGUUUUAGAAGAUUUUGGGAUGCCUCAACAUGUUCUGAAAGAGGAACAGAGCAAAGCGAAGGUUACAAAUGAUAAACCGUCCGUGAACCCAAUAAAUGAACAAAGUUUGUGUGAUGUUAAAAUAAGUACUAGAAGGUUACGUGAAAGAAAGUGUUUUAUUAUACCGAAAGAUGCAUCUGAUGAUGAAAGUCCAGAAAGUGACGAUUAUGAAAGUCCUGUUGAAUUAGUUGUAAAAAGAAAGGCUAUUUUGAAAAAGAGAAAAAAGCAUUAUGUGUGUGAUCAAUGUGGAAAAAGUUUUGGCCGUAACUCAGUGCUUCGAAGACAUCAAAGAGCACACUCAGGAGUGAAACCCCAUUUAUGUACAGAGUGUGGGAAACACUUUGUUCAAAAAUCUCAGCUAAUUGAACACCAACGAACUCACACAGGUGAGAGACCCUAUGUCUGCUCUGACUGUAAUAGAACAUUUAGUUUGAGCUCACAUCUUGUUCAGCAUCGUAGAAUUCAUACAGGGGAGAGGCCAUAUAUAUGCCCUGAGUGUGGAAAAAGUUUCAUCCGUGGCUCUGACCUAGUUCAACACAAGAGAAUUCACACAGGAGAAAGAUUGUACCCUUGUACAGAAUGUGAGAAAAGAUUUACUCACAAGUCAGCCCUUCGUCAACAUCGAAGAAUACAUUCAGGAGAAAGGCCAUAUAGCUGUGAUAAGUGUGAGAAAAGCUUCAAUCAUAGCUCACAUUUGGUGAGGCACAUACGAACUCACACUGGAGAGAAACCAUACACCUGCACAGAAUGUGGAAAGCGCUUCACAGACAGCUCUCAUUUGAUUAACCAUCAGCGAACACACACAGGGGAGAAACCUUAUACCUGCAAUGAGUGCGGUAAAAGCUUCACUUACAAUGCAGGACUCAUACUGCAUAGAAGGACCCACACUGGAGAGAGACCAUAUGUUUGCAACAAGUGCGGGAAAAGCUUUAAAGGCAGCACACACCUACUGAGGCACAUGAGGAUUCACACAGGAGAAAGGCCAUAUGCAUGUACUGAUUGUGGAAAAACCUUCACAGACAGCUCUCAUCUGGUGAGCCAUCGGAGAAAACACACUGGAGAAAAGCCUUACACUUGCCUAACCUGUGAUAAACGUUUUGCAAUGAAGGCACAUCUCAAUCAGCAUCAGAUUAUACAUACCGGCAAACGACCAUACGAAUGCACAGAGUGUGGGAAAAACUUUACUUGGUAUACUGCUCUUUCCCAGCAUCAGAGAACUCAUCUUGGAGAAAAACCAUACGAGUGUAUUGAAUGUGGAAAAAGCUUUUCUCAGAAAUCAACACUUACUGUACAUAAGAAAAUCCACAGGGAGCAGUUGGCUUAUGUGUGAAGUGUAUAAUGUUUCUAUUUAGUUUACUCUACUGUACAUUAUUUAAUAUGCACUUUGUAUAUUAUACAUGCUAAGGCACAGCAUAUUUAUAUUGGCUACUUUUUCAAACGUUGUUCCUGUGUAGAAAGACUUUACCAUAUUUAGAAACCUAUAUGAAAACUUCUCCAAAUCUUAAAUGCAUGUACCAUACUUAAAAAUAAAUAGGACGUAGUGGGAGAUUAAUCGCAUAAUGGUAAAUUCAUUGUCUUGUUAUAAUGAAAAGUAUAUGUAUAUUCAGUCUAGUUCUGUCACUGUGAGAAGUAACUUGUGAAAGUCACACAUAGUUGUGUAGGAGACAGCAGAUCUUUCUGGCUCCAAAGAGGAUAAUGCCAACACAUUAUGACCUAUAUAACACAUUAACAUGCACUUAUUUAAAACAUUCAAACAAGAAGAUGAGAUACAAAAAUGUUCUAUUCACUUAAGAAGUAGCUGAGCUAUCCUAUUUUAUAAUCUGUAUAGCAUAACACUGAGCUGUACUUUAGCAGCAAUGAUUCUGAUCAUCCUGUUGGCCACCCCUGAUUUAUUCAAUAUUUUAUUAGACUGAACAGGUAAUGUAUAAUCAUCCAGUGAAGACACUGUGCAACACUUAUCAAUUACGCUAAGUUAUUGGAACAAAUGCUGUCUUACCUACACAACCUAUUUAAAUUGAUGUCCUGCUGGAACUGCCUCUGAAUAGCCUACCAACUGAUUUAUAAUACAGUAAUAUCACAGACUGGAGCUCUUAUAACUAUAGAACUUGCAUGAAAAUGCUUUUUACCUAAUAUAUACAUUUGUUGACUACCUUGUACCCAUAUUCAGAUUUAGUUAGCUUCGGAAGUCAAAUGUGAAGUACCCCAUAUUAUUAUUUUCGUAGAAGUUCUACUUUAGCUACAGGCCCCUUAUGUUUGUUUCUGAAUGAUAUUCACAUUCCCCUCUUCACUGUUAAAGCAUUUCAUAACAAUGUUAUUUCCUGAAGGAGGACUUAAAGCGGAUCUGUCUGUUUCAGGGGGUAUUUGCAUAUUUCGCAAAGACCCCCAAAACAGACAGAUCCAGUGUGGGUUUAGUGGCUAUGGGAAAGUGGAUUUUACUUACUUCAGGCUGUCCCUUGUGGCCACCGCCAUCCUUUUGCUGGAGGUCCUCUUUGGCUCCUGGCACUUCAGGUGCUAGGAGCCACGAGAGUACAACACUGAGGUCUAUGGAGGAGACAGCGAGAUCCUGCAUAGACAGAGCCUGAAUCCCACAGCCCUCAUUUGUGACAGCUUCUGGAAUUGGACAAGAGUUGACCGUCAAGCUCUGACUUUUUUCAACUUUUGUUAACCUGAUGCUUGUUCAUAUAACAAAGCAGUCCCUACUUUGUCUUAUGGUAUUUUUGGAUUGCAUUGGAAUUUCAGUGAAAUUUCAACACAGUCUUGAUCAGUAUUUCAUAAAGAAUAUAUUUUAAUGAAAUACUGAAAAGUGACAGAUCAGUUUUAAGCUGUAAAUUAAUUAUCCUCAAAUGCAGAUAUAUUUUUUCCAUAAGGAUGCCAUCAGUAAUAACAAGUGGGUUUUGAAAGGGUUUCUCAGGAAGGACCGGUUGAUCCUAAACUAUUAAAAUUAUUAGUAAUAAGAUACCCCAUCCCUACCUCGGUCUCUGGCUACUGUAAAACAGUACCGAGCCCCAAACUCUUCCCUCUUAGGAACAGGAUAAGCAGAGCAUUCACUUUAUUUUCAUACAGUAGUGUUGGAAGUGCUGGGUUGCAUUCGAGAGUUCUGCUGCAGGCAGACCGCCUCGGUUCUCUGGGAUUGCCCACCAUGCAGACAUAGUUUCUGCUGCUUCCUUCCGCCUAGCCGAACCGGGUUUUGAAAUGGUUUAAGCACGUGUGAGGAUGUGCGCUAGGCAUAGUGGUGGAACACACCCACAGGUUGCUUUUUCUGGCGAUCAAGGAGUGCGACUGUGGUUGCGCAAAUUGAUUGAGCGCCAAGAUGUAGUAUAUAAAUUAUACCCACUGAUUUGUUUUAUCUCCUUACAUCCCACUUGUUACUACUGCUGCUAUCUGUAUGGAAAAGGAAAUUUACACGCUGUACAUUUCCUUUUCCAUAGGAUUAGCUGCAGUAUAGAUUCCCUUCCUUAUAAUAAAUCUUGUACUUUUGCAAAUAAUGGGUCGUGUUACUAUUCUGGGGAGUUUGGAGUCUGGUACGGUCUUAUGGUAUCUGGAGGUAGAGAUGGUGGUGGAGUAUAUUAUUACCAAAUAUUCUAGGUUCUGCUUGGCCUUCCUGUAGAACAGUUGUAAAACCCACUUGUUACUACUGCAGCUAUUCCUAUGGAAAAGUACAUUUGCAGUGAGUAAAAUACUGUUUUUUGAUUAGUUUUUUCUUCUUUAAGCAUGCACUUUUAAUCGCAUAUUGGUAGCAUUUUUAUGGAUUGACAUUGUGGUUUUACUUGGCUUAUUAAUAUUUUUAUAUUAAUAAACAUUAAUGUUUUACUCAGUAUUGGAAGUCAUACCUGAUGGCAGUUUUUUUGCUCUUAUUGUCACUCAUAGGGAGCGUGGAAAUGAUUUGAUUAGUUUGGUUAAAAAUACAUUGUCUGAAGAAAUAAAAAAAAAAAAAGUACCGUUAGUUUUCUCGUGGUUUUUAUUUUGACAUAAUAAAUCCCUUUUUCAAGUCCUAUUUUAUGUUUUGAUUUUGUUCUGUGUUUGUUUAAGAUAUGUCCACUCAAAGCCUAACCAGAGUGGGGGUAAACUUACAG